AUGGUCUCAAAGUUGUAUGGCAAACCGGAACUCGACCAAUACGUUCAAUCGGUGAUCAGUAUGCGUCGUGACAAGAAUCAAAACUGUCGGUACUUGGCAUUCGAUGGCAUCAACCUCGUCAACUUGCCAGAGUUCCCGCCACAAGAGGAGACCGUAGAGAUGUCGCCACCAGUCAAACCAAUUCAGCUGUUUGGUGGAAAUUCAUCGUCAACCGAUCAACUACCCAAUCCAGACAUUACCGAUCAUCCAAAGAUACUUACCUACGAAUCUUUCAAACAGUUUGCAAACUUUAAUGUUGACGAUCACGGUACCUCAUCGCAACACUCUCAGAGCAGUCAGAGACACUCUAUUUCCAAUGCCUUUCUCCUUACUAAAGAUCUAUCAUAUCAACAUGUUAUAACCAAUUGUGAAGAGAAUUCUACAAGAGUACAUAUUGAAAACGAUUUAUUAAUGAGAUUAGUAUUAUCACAAACUCAAUUUGAAAAACAAUUGAGUGAUGGACAACUAUCAUCUACAUGUACUUUAAAUAUGAAUAUUCAAACUGUUUUAGAAAAGGUUAUUUAA